GUUCCUCGUGCUCCUCCCUCUCCUCCCUGACUGCUACACGCACCAGGCUGUCAUUCCUCCAGCCGGCAGCCAUGUAUUAACAGCAGCCUCGUCCGGGUUCUGACGGCCGUCUUCCUUCACGCAAUGGAGCUUUUGGGCACCCACACGCAGGCGACGGCUGCUGCCGACCCUGCGGCAGACGGCUGCAGCUGCGCCGCAGACGUCGACGGCAGAGACGGGGCAGGGGAGAGGAUGGAGAGGACGGAGAGGACGGAGAGGACGGUGUCCAGCGAGCACCAGGACAGGACCAGCAACCAGCAGCAGCAAACCGCCGGAGUGCUCGAUAAACUGUUCGGGAAACGACUUCUGCUGGCCAGACAUUACAUCAACUCUCGCAAGUCUUGGUUAAAGAUGGUUCCCACACAAAACUGUGACAUCCUGAUGACUUUUCCAGAUACAAUAGAUGACCACUCUCUGCUGUGGCUCCUGAAUCAAAUUCGUGUUGGAAUCCCACAGGUCAGCAUCCAGGUCCGGCAACAUAAACACACCCAGACCCACGCCUUCUUCAUCACAACAGCAUUUGAAAACCUGCUGCGAGGAGCUGAGCAGAUGGGCAUGUACAAAACUGUGAAGCCACAGUUUGGUGGCGGCAUGCGCCGCUUCUCCUGUGAGGAGGACAACAUAUAUGAGAACAUAGAAAGCGAGCUUUGCUUUUUCACUUCGCAGGAACGUCAGAGCAUCAUUAAGUAUUGGCUGGAUAACCUGCGUGCCAAACAGGGGGAGAUGCUCCACAACAUCUACUUCUUGGAGGGACAGCCAAUAAUUCCAGAGCUAAUUGCUCGGGGAGUGAUCCAUCAGAUGUUUCCUCUUCAUGAACAAAGAAUACUCAACCAGCUGAUGACUUCGUGGGUCCAGGCUGUGUGUGAAAGGCAGCCCCUCGAUGACAUUUGUGACUACUUUGGAGUGAAGAUCGGCAUGUACUUUGCUUGGCUGGGUUUCUACACCAACUCCAUGCUCUAUCCUGCUGUCAUCGGCUUUCUGCUCUGGAUACUAGCAGAAGAUAACCAGACCAGCCAGGAUAUCUGCUGUGUCGUUUUUGCUCUCUUCAAUGUCAUCUGGGCAACUUUGUUUCUGGAGCGCUGGAAACGGCGAGAAGCAGAGCUGGCCUUCAGGUGGGGCACCCUGGACACCCCCGCCGAGUCCUUGGAGGAGCCCAGGCCACAGUUCAGGGGUGUGAAGCGGUGCAGUCCCAUUACGGGCUGUGAGGAGUUCUACUACCCCGCCUGGAAGAGAGCCGUGUUCAGAUGGCUGGUCAGCCUGCCGAUCUGCCUGCUCUGCCUCUGCUUCGUCUUCCUCGCCAUGCUCCUCUGUCUUCAGCUGCAGGAAGUGGUGAUGGAGAUUCAGGAGCUGCCUGGUAUCACAAGAUUCAUCCCUAAGAUACUUCUGGCCGUCACUGUAACUAUAUGUGAUGAGGUGUAUAAGAAGAUUGCCUACUGGCUUAAUGACAUGGAGAACUACAGACUUCAGAGUGCCUACGAGAACAACUUGAUCAUCAAGAUGGUUUUUUUUGAAUUCAUCAAUUCUUACCUCAGUCUUUUCUACAUUGGAUUCUACCUCAAGGACAUGGACCGACUGAAGGAGAUGCUUGCUACUCUGUUGAUUUUCCGCCAAUUCCUGCAAAACAUCAGAGAAGUCCUUCAGCCAUAUCUCUACGAGCAAAGCAAGCUCGGCGUCUUCACUCCGAAGGUCUUUUGGGAGCUCCUACAAGUCAUCAUUCUCAAGUAUGGGCGCCUGGCUCUUGGGAAGGCACAAGCCUCAAUGAUGUCCUACUCCUUCUUGAGUCCCAGAGGAAUCUCAAACAGUCAGUCUGCGAACUGUAUCCAGGAAACGAGGAGAAGAGGAGAUCUGAAAGCUGGCUUCAGGCUCUCAGAAGAAGAGUGGGACAUGAACGACAGCAUCAUGAAGCAUCGGAAAGUCAGCUUCACCGAGAAAGUGGACUACAAGAAUGUCAAGACGGAGACCCAGGCUGUGGAGGACAGUUUCCUGGAGGACAGUCCGACGCUGGUGGAAGACGGGAUGGAUCCAUCCAGCAUUUUUGACAGUUGUGAUGAGGACAGUGACUGUGAAUCACUGUCUCAGCAGGAGACCAAGGAGAACAUUAGUGUGUCUUCUUCUAAAGAGUCCGACUCCAUCUGCCAGAGAAGGAAUGUAGGCGAGCAGAAAGAUGACAAGAAAUCUUGGAUGGAUCCACCAGAGGAACCCAAAACCUCUGCAUUGACUCAGGCUGAGAUAGAGAGUUGCAUGCAGACAUAUGAGGGAACACUUCAAGACUACCAGGAGAUGUUCAUUCAGUUUGGCUAUGUGGUGCUCUUCUCCUCGGCCUUUCCCCUGGCAGCUAUGUGUGCUCUUAUCAACAACAUCAUUGAGAUACGAAGUGAUGCCCUGAAGCUGUGCACCGGCCUCCAGAGACCGUUCGGACAGAGAGUGGACAACAUCGGACAGUGGCAGACUGCAAUGGAGGCCAUGGGACUGAUAGCCAUUAUAGUUAACUGUUACCUGAUUGGUCAGUGUGGCCAGCUUCAGCGUCUGUUCCCCUGGUUGAGCCCUGAGAUGACCAUCGUCUCCAUUGUCUUGCUUGAGCACUUUGCAAUCCUCCUAAAGUACGUCAUCCAUGUCGCCAUCCCUGAUAUCCCUGGCUGGGUAGCAGACGAGAUGGCCAAGCUAGAGUACCGACGAAGGGAAGCUUUCAAGAAACAUGAGCUGCAGGCACAGCAGCACUUCCAGCAGCAGCUCCGGCGCCGCCGGGAGGAGGAGGAGCUUCACCGUCAGGCCGAGCUGCAGGCAGAAGCUCGUCAUGAGAGCGACUACCACAAGGCGGACAUGCAGCAUCAGCACCACCAUGACAAAUCACAGGGCAGCAAGCCUGGUGACAAGCCCAAGAGGCCCAGCUCCUUGCUGGGGAAUAAUAACGUGAUGAAGCUCAAACAGAUAAUUCCUCUCCAAGGGAAGUUCUCCUCUGGGACAUCCCGUUCACCGGCUCAGUCCCCAACGGGAGGCGAAGCAAAGCUGCCUGGAUUUCUGAAAUUCCUAAAGUCACCUGAAGUGAAAAAAGAGCCAGCGGCGGCAUCUGGAGGGACAUCAGGCUCAACAGUGACGUCUUCCGCUCCCCCUGGUGGACAGGAGAGACCACAAUCCCCAAACAGAACAUUUAGUCCAGGGAAGUUGUUCAAUUUCAGCAAAUCAGAGGGUACUGUGGUGUGUGCUAAUGGCACACAGCAGCUGAACCAGGCUACUAACUCUCAACCUAACACAACCACAGAGGAAUUACCCUCAAGUGAGUCAGAUAGAGGAGAAUCAAGACUACAAACUGAUUUAGAAAACCCAAAGACCUAAUAAAAGAUCACCCACAGCAACGUCGUUUUAGGAAGGGAACAAAUUUUUACAAAUGAUCAUGCAAAAUGUAGAAGCACUGAUGCACCCCAAUGUUAAACCACAAGGACCACAUGCAGCAAGUGUUCAGCUUUCACUCUUGAUGCAACUCCAUAAAGCGUGCCACUGUCUGUAUGUACACUUAAUUACCUAACUUCCAUGUAUAAACUGUACAGUAAGUGUCACUGACUCUAUGGGGGUUCAGUAACAGUGCAGCCUGAUCUGAGACAGUACCAGCAACAAAAAGGGUCCAGAACCAAGACAGUAGAAAGACAGUUUGUUGGUUAAACUUCCAGCUCAAAGUUUGUGGUGGUACUGGGUGCAUGUUUCCAUGUGCAUGCGUGACAUGUUCACUGUAUUUUUAGUUGCGAUGCACGUUCAAAGCCAUUAGGAUUCUUCUGCACUAGGUCAGAUAUAGUCACUGUGACCAUGAAAAAAAAUCUAUUUUUCCAAACUUUGAUUUUCUAUGAAUUUAUUUUACUACAUAAUUUAGUGACUGUAACUAUAUGAGGCAAACAAAUGUCACUCAGUUCAAUGUCCAUGUGAGAGAAACAGGAUAGGAGGAGCUGGUGUUGCUUUAUGAGAGAGACCAUGCUGCUGCUGGGUUCUGAUGCCUCCAGGCAGUGGGAGGAGCUCUGACCUAUUGGUUCAGCCAUCACUGUUUAAACUUACAGUGAGGAUGAAAAGAGAGUACAUCCUGUUUGGUCUUGGGUUUAAUAUAUAUUAGGACACAAUACAAUCUCACACACUAUUUUGAACAAAAAGUGAACCAUGAUGGAAACACUGGUGAAAAAACUCAGUGCACCUGUGGUGCCUUCCUGGGACCUUCAGAAGGAUUGUAGCAGCCUGGUGUUCAUUAACUGAUUAUUAUCAACAUCAGCACCGCCAUGCAAUUGCUAGUCAUGACAGCUCAGUAUUUGUUUUUAUUCAUUUUAAAAAGUUAAACACACAGAGUGAGAUAUUUCAAGUCUUAAUUUGAAAUAUUAAGACUUGAAUAAAAUAAACUGUUUAUUUUAAUUCCCUUAAUAUUUGCAUGAAUUACUACAUGAAUGCAUCGUGACAUGGAGGAGGUCAGCCUUUGACCCAGGUAGCUUUGACAGCGACCUUUGGGUCAUCGGCUUCGUUGGGUCUGGAGUCCCUCAUCUUCCACUUAACAGCAGCCCAGAUAUACUUCACAGGGUUAAAGGUCAAAUUCACACAUUUUUGAAUGGAUUCUUCUUGACAAUCGUCUCAAAGCUUCAUUUAUGUUGCUGGUUCACUUUGUUCUAACUUGCAUUUUGCUUUCAUUCAACGUUCUGUGAAUAUGCCCCAGAUACAGCCGCAGCUUCUUCAGCAAUCACCUCUUGCAGCCUCUCCUGCUAGUGGACAGUGUCCAUCACUGUCUUACGCUCCAGUCAAAAUGUCGUGUCUUACUGACCCAGACUGAGAGGCUCAGGAAACCUCUACAAGUGUUUUCAGUCAAUUAGCUGAUUAAGCUGUGAACUCUAAGUCUUCAGUGUUUAAUAUCGUUCGGAUUUUCUAAUAUUGUAUUUUUAGUGUCUUAUAAAUAUACACUAAAAAUACACUAAACUGAUGAUUUUUAUCAUCUUUAGGACAUAACCGUCAAAAAUAGUAGAAAUAGGGGAUUGAAAAAUGCCAGUGUGUGAUGUAUCUAUACAUGAGUCACUUUUUGAAACAAGUGACAAAAACUAUAAAACUUUUAAGUGCAACUGUAAUCAUGAAUGGAAAACAUUUAGAAGUUAUCUUCACAUUAAUCACCUUCACAGCAUUACAAAAACACAACUGUUAGACAUAACGCACAAUGCAAUGUGCAUCAACAUUGUUUUACUACAAGGCCUGCUGAAUGAGUGUGGAUGAAGGUACACCGUUUUAUACAUUCAAAUGAAAUUCAAAUUGAAAUGAUUUUUUUAAAAGAACAUAUUUUUAUUGUACCCUGAUACAUAAAACCCAAGAGCAGAAACAGGGUGUACUUUCUUUCUGUCAUGACAGUAGAGGUAAGUAGAUGGAAAGGGUUUUUUUUCCUUGAAAGUUUCUCCAAA